AACGGCGGCGGGCCUUGCGCCGAGUCCAAGGGAAUUCCAUUGUCUGUCGCCGUGCGCUGCAAGGAAAUGUCUGUCAUCAGAUACACACGCGGCCGGCCAGGGGAACAUCCGGGCUGGACCUGCAGCGGCAGUCGCUGCCGUGACCGCGCCGCCCGACUAUUUAGGCGGCCGCGGCGGCCACAGAGCUCACUCGCUCCUCAGCCUCAGCCAUGUUCACUUCCUCCGCCCUCGCAACGCUCCUGGUGGCUUCGGCCUCGGUCCAGGCCGCCUCGCCCUUUUCACGCCGCAUGGAGUUCUGCGGCCACCAGCCGUGCCUGCCGCCGAAUCGGUGCCAGGACGUGGACGGUGUCAGUGUGUGCAUGCGCUUGGAGGCACCCACCUGUGCCGGUGUUCCCUGCGAGCCUGGCUACCAGUGCGCCCUGAUGCAGGACGUCUGCGUCUCGCUGCCCUGCCACCCGAAACCCUACUGCGUCAAAACCAACCCGUGCGGCGACUGCGCCUCUCCGGAGCGGUUCUGCCAGCUGCUGCCCACGCCCGUCUGCCGGCCCGUGGUGGAGCCCACCUGCGACAACAAGGUGUGCCUCGACGGCGAGAUCUGCGCCGAGGUACCCGACAACAUCUGUCUUUCGCCGCCGUGCCUGCCCAAGCUGCUGUGCACGGACGCCGCCGCCUGGUACCAGGUGGCCGGCAGCCUGGCCGAGAAGGUGAAGCCCUCCGCCGACUCUAAGGCCAAGGCGGAGGAGCUCCGGCUCAAGAUCUCCGGUGAGGGUGGCUCGGAGAAGAACAACAGUCAGGAGGAUGACUGAGGAGUGAUCGGGCUGCCUGGUCGAUAAGUUGUUGUAGUCGAUGUUGAGCUUCUUUUCUACAGUUCUUUGCUGCCAGUUAUUGUGAGAGUGCCGAGUGAGCGUGAGAACAAGUUGAGGACGGAUUUGUUCGUGUUGUGUGCAUGAAAAGUAGAUGUUUUUCCUUUUUAAAACAUCAAUUACGUAUUGUCUAUUUAUUCAUAUACAUGACCGUGUGCACUGUCCAGCUUUACUUCUUUGUGUUCUUGAAGGCCGCUUUGCCGCCAGUCUCCAGUCGAGACAAUGGCCCCGAUCAUGACAUAGAUGUUUAGAUAAGGUCUACUGACAUGGACACACACCAACCGUAACGGCAGACUGUUGUGCUCACUUUAUGUGGCGUGUAUCUUACGGUCGAGUGCAAGCUGCACAAGGGCAUUUGUUCUACUAUAGACCGACAUUGUGAACUAGCACAAUUCACAUGUCACGAGCCUUGUUACGCGCAUAGUAUUGAACAGAUUAACAUGUUACAAAUUAUUUGAUCCGUUUUGCAUGCUUCCUUUCACCUUGUGACAGCGACGCUCGCGUAUCAUUUUUUUGGACAAUCGCAAGCCGUGGUAAAAUGGCGUGGUAUAUGAAGAUUGUGUGAUGACAGCAAUACAUAGUGUUAUAUCGUGAA